AUGGCGCACGCCGCCUCCGACCAUCAUCAUCGUCACAACCACCCACACAACGGCACACCGACCCUCCCGAACGGCUACCCGCCGCUGCCGCCCCCGAACACCGACGGCAGGCCCCCCUCCUACCUGUCCCUCGCGCCCGACCUCGCCCUCUCCUCCUCCCUCCUCGAGCCCCGCAUCGCCGUCGUCCUCAAUGUGCCCAAGCGGUGGCGCCCCUGGCUCUUCGCCUGCCGCCUGCUCUCCAUCUUUCCGGCCAUCUUCUGGGCCCUGCAGCCUGCCGUGACCCUGCUCGUUCAGAUCAUACCUGUCGCCGUGCCCGGCGGCAAGAAGGCCAUACCGUUCCCGUGGACCGAGAUGUCCCUGGGGCUCAUGUGGUGCGGAGCUUCUGCGUACCUGUCAUUCUUCUUUAUUGACUGCCUAAUGUCACGAUGGCUCAUCAACUACACCCCGCAAGCGACAAUCAUCCGCCUCCUCACCAUCAACUCCACCAACGCCUUCCUCACCGAGCGGAUCCUGACCUUUUCCGGCGGCUUCGAGGACCCCAGGCUCCUCCUUCCGGGCUGGGUCACCAUAGCCACGCGGAGCAUCAACAUCCAAAAGGAGACGUCGACGUCCAUCAAUAUCUUCUCCAUCGCCAGCUUCAUUAGUAUGGUCUCUCUCCUCGCCCACCUCCACUACAACGGCUCCGACUACCCCCAGAAGCCCUUCGAGUCGCUCGCCCGGCUGAUGUUCGAGCAGGCCCGCCGCCUCACCGGCGAGGCCGUACUGCCUCUGUAUCCGCCUUCGCAUAGCGAGUUAUAG